GCCCUGGCGGUGUCACCGGGGAGAGCCGAGCGGGGCCGAGCGGAGCCGAACGGAGCCGAGUGUGGCCGAGCGGGGCCGAACUGAGCCGAACUGAGCCGAACGGGGCCGAGCGGAGCCGAAUGCAGCGGGCGGCAGCGCGGGUGCUGCGGGGGGCGCGGAGCCCCCCAGUUCGGACCCCCCCAGUUCGGACCCCCCCAGUUCGGGCUCGAUCGGCCUCGGCGGGGUCCGCCCCCCGCGGGCUGGUCUAUGAGCGGCACGGGGAGCCCCCGAGCGUGGUGCAACUGAAGGAUCUGGAGGUGCCCAACCUGGGAGACUCCGAUGUCCACGUCAAGAUGUUGGCGGCUCCCAUCAAUCCCGCCGACAUCAACAUGAUCCAAGGGACCUAUGCCAUCCUGACCCCUCUACCUGCUGUGGGAGGGAAUGAAGGUGUCGGGGAGGUGCUGGAGGUCGGGAGCCGGGUGUCGGCUCUGAAACCUGGGGACUGGGUCAUCCCGGCGGACACCGGCCUUGGGACGUGGAGGACACGAGGGGUGUUCCCUGAGGAGAAGCUGCUGAAGGUGCCCAGUGACAUCCCCGUGCUCUGCGCGGCCACCCUGAGUGUCAACCCCUGCACAGCGCUACGGAUGUUGACUGACUUUGAGACCCUGGCACCUGGUGACUCCAUCAUCCAGAACGCUGCCAACAGCGGGGUGGGCCAGGCCGUCAUCCAGAUUGCCAGAGCCUCUGGCAUCAAGACCAUCAACGUGGUGAGGGACAGACCUGAUCUCCCACAGCUGGUGGAGAGGCUGAUGGCCCUGGGUGCAGACCACGUUGUCACAGAGGAGAUGCUGAGAAAGCCAGAGAUGAAAGAGAUAUUUAAGAGCACCCCCAAGCCCCGGCUCGCCCUGAACUGCGUCGGAGGCAAAAGCACCACGGAGAUGCUGCGGCACCUGCAGCCCAGAGGGACCAUGGUCACCUACGGGGGGAUGGCAAAGCAGCCUGUGAUGGUGCCUGUGAGUGCCUUCAUCUUCCGGGACGUGCGGCUCCGCGGGUUCUGGAUGACCCAGUGGCGCAAGGACCACGCGCAGGACCAGGAGAGCGUGGCUGGGAUGAUGGACACCCUGUGCCAGCUGAUCCAGAGGGGACAGCUCACCGCACCCGCCAGCACCGAGGUCCCGCUCCAGGACUACAGGGCAGCCCUGGAGGCCUCCAUGAAGCCCUUUGUGUCCUCCAAGCAGAUCCUCCUCCUCUGACCCGCAGCUCCUGGAGCCCUGUCAUGCUCCAGCACAGCCCCACUUCUUCUCCACAGACUUGGGGGGGAAAAACCUCCAGAUCCAUGGAUUUUCUUUUUUCUUUGCUUUUUAACUUGUGGGUGGCCACUGAAAGCUCUCAAAGCCUCCACAGCUUUGUGUGGAAGUGCUGCUGGAGGGAGGCUGCAUCUCACCUUAGCUGGGGUGAGUUUGGGAGCCCAAACAGUGGCUCAGUCAGCUCAGGGUGUCAAAAGAGCAGCAGUUCCCCCUUAUGUAUAUUUUUGGAGCUGAGGGAGCUGCACUGCUGCCUCCUGCACUGCUGUAGUUAUCCCAGGUGGGAUGGGCAGGAAAAGCCCAAGUUGCCUCCUUGCAGCCCCCCUGCCCCCAAGCUGGGGAAGGGGCACAGACUCCCCAAAGCGCCGAGGUGUUGCUGUGGUUGGAGUGACCCUGGUGCUGCUGCAGCUCCUGGAGGAGCCCUGAGAUCUGCUGGAUUUUGUCAAGGGCACUGUGAGUGCUGGAGCCUUUGGUCCAUCCCAGCUGGAGCCAGACCCUUGGCAUCCCUGAAGGCCCCCCUGCCCGGGUGUGGGACAGUGACUGUGACACUGCAGAGGAUGGACACGGCAAAAUGAAACGAUUUAUUACCGAAAACAACCAACAAUGUGUUCCUGCUU